AUGAAGAAAAAGGAUUUGAAGAAAAGCCCUCCACAAGGAGCGGCAGGGCGAAGCGACGAACAGGAAAAAGCGUCAGUCUGGCAAAAAGUUCAGUCCAAGCAAGAGCUAAAGCGACAGAAGAAAGAGAUGCUCUCAAAACAGACGUCAAAGGAGCCCCGACCUGAACCCAAGCGAAAGAAACCGCGGAAAUGGAUCAGACCGGAUGCCCUCAUCAUUCGGCUGACAGAGAAAGCAAAGUACGCCGAGAUCCUGCGUCGAAUAAAACAGGACGUCCCUGACGACCAGGUCCGCAGUACGGUAGAGAAGAUCCAUAAGACCAAUGCUGGAGAUAUGCUGAUAACUCUUUCGAGAAAGAGCACCGACAAAGGCCAAACAUUGAGAAAGACCAUUGCAGACAUUCUGAAAGAAGACGCAAAAGUAACCUGCAAAGGACCACAGGAGGUAAUUGAGAUCCGAGACGUCGAUGAAGACACAACUAAGGAUCACAUCCAGGGUGCCCUACAGGAGGAAGCUGGAGAUAACUGUGAGAUACCACUAGAGGCAAUCAAGAUCCGUAAGGCCUAUAGAGGUACUCAAAUUGCCACAGUAAUUCUACCAGCAGCAACAGCACAGAAACUACUGGAUGGAAGUAGCAAAAUCCGGAUUGGUUGGGUUAAUUGCCGAAUAAGGACAACGAAGAGACCUAUUCAAUGCUUUAAAUGCUGGCAUUUCGGACAUCAUGGAUCCCAGUGCAAAAGCAAGGUGGACCGGUCGAAGCUUUGCAUCAGGUGCGGACAAGAAGGGCACAAGAUUGCUGAUUGUAAAAAUCCCGCCAAAUAUGCAUUAUGUGCUGAGAUUGAAAGUGCAGAGAAUGUUGCCCACCAUGCCGUUACGUAUCUGCUGACAGAAGAUAUGGUUGUAAAAGUACAAGCGCUUCACUUUUUGAUAUCAUCAGGAAUUAUACUCAUUAAUGAGCUACUAGAUCAUUGUGGUACAAGUUAUGAAAUAGCUUCUCUAUUUGGAAUAACAUUUGGCACAGUAGCUGCUCUAAUAAAAAUAUCUCUUCUAAAUGUAAAUCACAAAAAUAUUUUAUAUAUUGUUUUAAAUGUGGUUGAUGAUUGGUGGAAAGUCGAAGACGAAAAAUCAAAAAACAUAAUGCGUGAAAAUUCAUCAUGGAAUGGAAUGUUAUUUUAUGGAAUAUUGACUCCGUUGUUGCUGUACACAUCAAAGUUCGUUAUAGAGAGUAUUCCUCAUACCAUUAUAACAGAUGAUAAUGCAACUAUAUAUGUGCGUACUACGCCUAUGAGUUCAGAUUGCUGGAAUUUAGCAGAUAUACCGACUGUUAUCUAUUUGAUUCGUUUUGCAUGUCGCACUGUUGAAUUUAUAGUAUAUAAUAUCACUAGUUGUGGAAUUGAUUUAUAUUUUCUCGUUUUGGCAUCACAUAUAUGUGGGCAAAUUGAGAUUAACAAUAUGAAUAUUAAAAAUUUUUUCGUCGACCGAAAGGGAGUUUUUAAACGUGAUUAUUUUUAUAAGAUUAUUUAUCGUCAAAAGCAUCUAUUAGACAUGAUGGAUAAACUUCGCGAAUCUUUUAAUUAUACAACACUGGCAGUUCUGAUCAUAAGUGGGAUCCAUUUAAAUAUAAUGAUAAUAAUGAUAUUCGUAGCGCUCAAGAACGAUAAUAUGAGAAUGGUUUUUCAAGACGCUACUGGAACAAUUUUAUAUUUUUCGGCUCAAAUAUUUAUAUAUUGCUACGCAGGCGAAAAACUGUCAUCAAAAGUUGAAGAAUCGUGUAUUUCCGUUUAUGAUUGUUGUUGGUAUGAUUUUUCCAUUAGCAUGCGUAAGGAUAUUGUAUAUAUUAUUCAAAGAUUAAACAAGCAGUAUCAUUUAACAGCCGGGAAAUUUUACCACAUGAACUUACCUAAUUUUACGAAUAUUGUUAAAACUAUGGUAUCUUUUUUUUCUGUGAUGAGGUUAGUUAUUCUCGGAUAAAUGAAGUCAUGUUAUCUGGAAUGAAUGAUUAUCAGUUAUUAAUGAAAAUAACAAAAAAGUUUCUAAAAGAUGGAUGUAUAAUAUAAUUAAUCGAGUAAACUUAUAAAUUGACUUCCACCAAUAUCCAAUUUUACUAAAAAUUCAUUCUUACUUAAUAAAUUAAUUCUUCUAGCUGGAUCACAGUAAAAAUGACUC